GCGGUGGGCAGAGCGAACUCAGGGGCUCGUGCGCCGUCCCGUGAAUCUCAUCUUUCCGCUCAACGCGACGACGUCUCCGGUCGCCUCUUCUCCGGGCUUUUUUUUUUUUUUUUACGUCUCUAUUACCACCUUAUAAAUAACACACCUCCACGGGCUGCAAGACACGGACCGUGGCCGAGCAGGUUGGACUCAGUCCUCUGAGAUGUUACUGAGCGAUGAGGAUGGGUCAGAGAAGGAAAUCAAACCGGUGAGGCGAACAAGCCGCGCACCACCCUCCGAAAACCCCCGCAGCUACGCCUACUGACACCGCCAUGCCCCGCCUGCCCUCCUGAUUCCCCGCUCCCCCCGACCUCUGCGCCUUCCCCCUCGGUCAAAUCAAAGUUGCGAAGGCAUCCCUUCGCUGGUUGGUCAAGGGUCAGCAUGGCUUCACCCUUCCUGUGGAAGCUGUCGUCGCAGAAGCUCGGCUUCUUCCUGGUCAGCUUCGGCUUCAUCUGGGGCAUGAUGCUGCUGCAUUUCACCAUCCAGCAGCGGGCCAGCCACGAGAACAGCGCGGUGCUGCGGCAGCAGAUCCUGGACCUCAGCAAGCGCUACAUCAAAGCGCUGGCGGAGGAGAACCAGAGUGUCAUGGACGGGCCUUAUGUGGGAACCAUGACGGCUUACGACUUGAAGAAGACCCUGGCGGUGCUGCUGGACAACAUCAUGCUGAGGCUGGGCAAGCUGGAGUCCAAGGUGGAGAACAUCUACAACGGCACCGGGGGCAACCUGACGAACGGCACCAGCACGGUCACGCCCAGCGCUACCAACUCAGAGAAAGUGAACGUGGCAGACCUCCUAAACGGAGCCCAGGAGAAGUGUGAGCUGCCCCCGUUGGAUGGCUUCCCGCACUGCGAGGGCAAGCUCAAGUGGAUGAAGGAGAUGUGGCGCUCAGACUCCUGCUACUCCAGCUACGGGGUGGACGGCUCCACCUGCUCCUUCUUCAUCUACCUCAGCGAGGUGGAGAACUGGUGUCCUCGUCUGCCCUGGAGGACGAGGGCCCUGAACGAAGAGACGGACAGGAGGGGGCAGGCGGAGAUCCGGACCAGUUUCGACGAGCUCUACCGGGUGAUGUCCCAGCGCGAGGAGUUUCGCUGGAUGAUGCUGCGGAUCAAACGCAUGGCUGAGCCGUGGGUCAGCGCCAUCCGCUCGCUGGCUGCCAAGCAGAACCUGGCAACCAAGCGGCGGAGGAAGAAGAUCCUGGUUCACUUGGGCCUGCUGACCAAGGAGUCCGGGUUCAAGAUCGCGGAGAACGCCUUCAGCGGGGGCCCGCUGGGCGAGCUGGUGCAGUGGAGCGAUCUCAUAACCACGCUGUACCUGCUGGGACACGACGUCCGCAUCUCGGCCUCCCUGGCCGAGCUUAAAGAGAUCAUGCGCAAGGUUAUGGGGAACAAAUCCAGCUGCCCCACACAGGGAGACAAGGUGGUGGAGCUCAUAUACAUCGACAUCGUGGGUCUCACCCAGUUUAAGAAGACGCUGGGGCCUUCCUGGGUCCACUACCAGUGCAUGCUGCGGGUGCUGGACUCGUUUGGGACCGAACCGGAGUUCAACCACGCCCACUACGCCCAGUCCAAGGGGCACAAGACGCCCUGGGGCAAGUGGAACCUCAACCCGCAGCAGUUCAACACCAUGUUUCCUCACACCCCAGACAACAGUUUCCUGGGCUUUGUUGUGGAGCAGCACCUCAACGCCAGCGACAUCAGGCACAUCGACGACAUCAAGAGGCAGAACCAGUCGCUCGUCUACGGCAAAGUCGACAACUUCUGGAAGGACAAGAAGAAAUACCUGGACAUCAUCCACAGCUACAUGGAGGUCCACGGCACCGUGCACGGCACCAGCACCGUGCACCUCCCGAGCUACGUCAAGAACCACGGCAUCCUGAGCGGCCGGGACCUGCAGUUCCUUCUACGGGAAACCAAGCUGUUUGUGGGUCUCUCCUUCCCCUACGAGGGCCCCGCCCCCCUGGAGGCCAUCGCCAACGGCUGCGCCUUCCUCAACCCCAAAUUCAACCCCCCCAAGAGCAGCAAGAACACGGACUUCUUCAAGGGGAAGCCCACUCUGAGAGAGUUGACCUCUCAGCAUCCGUACGCCGAGGUGUACAUAGGUAAACCCCACGUGUGGACGGUGGACAUCGAGAACUCUGCAGAGGUGGAGAAGGCCAUACGCUCCAUCUUAAGCCAGAAGAUUGAGCCCUACCUGCCCUAUGAGUUCACCUGUGAGGGGAUGCUGCAGAGAGUCAACGCCUUCAUCGAGAACCAGGACUUCUGUCACGGUCAGGUCAUGUGGCCUCCUCUCAGCGCGCUGCAGGUGAAGCUGGCCGAGCCGGGACACUCGUGCAAGCAGGUGUGUCAGGAGGAGCAGCUCAUCUGUGAGCCCUCCUUCUUCCAGCACCUCAACAAGGACAAGGACCUGGCCAGGUUCGGCGUGGACUGUCAGACGGUGGAGUCGAGCGCCGACACCGUGGUCCCGGCCUACAGCGACACCCGCCACCACUGCAUCUUCCAGUCGGACCUGCUGCUGUUCAGCUGCGCCGGCGCCCACCAGUCGCUCAAACGCAUCUGCCCCUGCCGCGACUACAUGAAGGGCCAGGUGGCGCUGUGCAAAGACUGCCUAUAGCACCAGCACGCGGGCCGUCCGGCGGAGGGGGUUGGAUGGGGGUGGGGGUGGUGGUGGUUGGGGGGCGUGGGGGGGUUCAAGUGUGGAUUCUGGAGCAGCUUGAGUGUGAAGCGCUUCACAGACGCACACUCCAGGGCAUCCAGCCGUCAAUCAGACACACCGGACUCCUUUAAAUAAGGGAAGCAGAAGAAGAAGAAGAAGAGAAAGAUAAAAAAAAACAUUUGACAGGACCGCGUUUGUUUCUUCAUAUUUAUUGUUUUCCUCCAGCUGCUGGAGUGAAGCAGCCAAAACCCUCAGACUGACUCAGACCUGGACGCGGCGUGUGUGGAAUUACUUGAAUCAACAAAGGGAGUCGCAGUAAAAAAAAAACAAAAAACUAAAAAAAAAAAUCACAGCAGGGUGGACUGAACAUAUCAGUGACUGUUUGUCUCCAGGCAGCCAGAACCCCCCCAUCCCCACUUCAUGUCUCCUGCUCUAAUCUGAAUUAUUUUAGGUAGGUUUGCACUGGACCGGCCCCACACACACACACAUAAAUAUAUAAAUGUACACACACACACAGGGGCCCAAACAGACGGCGGCUAAAGACAAACCCAGUUUUUACACUGUAACCAGCUCCUUCCUGUCGAAACGGACACGAGAGACAGACGAGAUCAUGCAUCGCAGAUUUUUAUUCUCCACACGCAAGAGGACGUGGAUCUUGAUUUUCACUCGUUUUUAAGUUGCACACUCGAUUUGAAAAAGAAGCAAAAAUCAGACGUUUAAAAAAAAAAAAAAACAAGGAAAAAAAAGGUCAGUAGAGAUGUUUUCAGCAUCUGUUGCUGUGAUUUCUCACACAUAAACACACACAGAGGCAGAGAGGAUGAGGGUCGUUGUCGUUAGGCGUCGCCAGUAGCAACGCUGACACAGAGAUGCAUAAAAAAUAAAUAAAUAAAUACAAACAUCUGAUCCACGAGCGUCGUCUCCCAUCUACCAACCAACAGCAACGCGCUUCAUUCCUCUGGAUAAUCGUUAGGAUCUUAAACAAAACAAAUUAAGAUACUAAUAAAAAUUUGUCGUCGUUGUGGUGAAUGGAAAAAAAAAAAAUGCACUAAGUUAAUCUAUUUGCAGAGGUUUAUUAACAAGAUAUUAGUAACACUGUAUGUUGUUCAUAUGUUUUUUUUUUCCUUUUGUAUUUAUUUUGUAUACAGAUCUUUAUCGCUGUGAUUUGCUGGAAAUCCUUUUUUUUUUUUUAUUUAUACGAGAGGUGUCUUCUCCCCCCCACCCUCCCCCUUUUUAUAUAGUUUUAUUUAUGGAGGGUAAUUUAAGACAAGAGGAAGAUUUAAUCUGUUUCUGUCCAGUUCUGAGAGCAAAAUGCUAAAAAAGGAAGAAAAAAAGUCACUCGUGUCUUCUUUUAUUUUUAAUAUAUUUUUUAAAUUAGAUUUUUUUUUUCUGUCCUGCAGCUAAUUAAUGAUUUUUUUUUUCCUCUUUAAGACUGUUUUUAUGUCAUUUCUUCUAUUCUUUUAAAACAGGUCAGUGAUCUGCCGCCAAGUUUUUAAACAUGAUGUGCCUUUUUCAAGUUUGGUUCUGCUUCUUCUCUCAGCUGAGACGCUUUUAACCACAAACAAACAUCUGAUUCUCAGCUCAAUGGAAAUCAUCCUUUUUUUUUAAGUUUUAAUUCUAUAUUUAAGAUUUAUUAAACAUCAAGGCGUCACAGCUACAAGACAGGAAAAUAAAAGUGUUGUCAAACAUCAGAAGCAUGUCUGAGAGUAGCCACAUGAUCACAGCAUGUGUGGAUCUGUUUGCAUCCUGCUUCUGAGUGCGACCUGUUGCAGUAAGAAAGAAAAGGAGGAGAAGGUCUUAUUCUGUAUUUCUCAAACUCCAAAUAAAUCCUAGGAAACAGUGCAUUAGUAUUUGAGGCAGCAGACAGCGUAGUAGAAGUAAAUAAACUGCACUCGCGCCAUUCUUCAUUUAGUUCAUCUGUGUUUCUGGUCUUUAUGUUCGAUGGAGUCAUGUGAAAGUGGCAAUAAAUGUCUUAGAAGCUCAAUUACAGACACAUGUUACCUAACGUUUAACUGAGUGACUGUGCAGUUCACAUUUAUCCCGGUAGGUGUCGCCAGAGAGAAUGAAAUCUCGAAUCUCAGUAAAACUCGCCCCAUAUUUUUGGGAAUAUUUGGUCCAAACUAGGAUUUUAACCAGUAGAAACACCAGCAGUUAUUUCCCCUCCUCGCUCCUAGUUUAGUUUCAUCAGAAGCCUUAUUUUCACCGAGCCAUCAACAGUUUGUACAGAACAAAUCACCGUACCUGUCUUUGUCUUUGCCCCAGCAUCGAAUGUCUCUGUUGUUCAAAAGAAGUUCAAUAAUUUUAUUUUUUAUUUUUAUUUUUAUUUUUUAAAGCUGUCAGUCAACAUCCGGUGUCUUGAAUGAUGGUAAAAGAUGAAUAAAACACGUUUCCUUUUGUUUUCACGGUCCUUGACGAGUAAGAGGGAGACAACUUUAUUUUUAAAUAAACCUUUUUUCUGUGACAAACGG